CGGAGCCGGAGCGAGCGGCGGUGCCGGAGCCGCGGGGCUCGGAGCGGGCACGAUGGCAUCGCCAGCACCGCCACCGCCACCGCUGCUGCUGCUGCUGCUGCUGGCGCUGCUGCUGGCCCCGGAGGCCGCGGGGAUGCGGGGCAGGGCUGGCCCGGGGCAGGCUGAGCACACAGCCCCGGUACCGGGGGGGAUGUGGGGCAGAGCUGGCCCGGGGCAGGCUGAGCACACAGCCCCGGUACCGGAGGGGAUGCGGGGCAGCACAGGGCACGGGCAGGCUGAGCACACAGCCCCGGUACCGUUGGGGAUGCGGGGCAGCUCCGAGCACGGGCAGGCUGAGCACAGCGCCCCGGUCCCCGCGGGCAGGCAGCGGCAGCGGCGGGGCACGGAGGAGGACUCGCGGGCGGUGCAGCAGUACGGGCCGGGGGUGCGGGUGGAAUUCCCGCGGCCCCUCAGCUCCGGCAGCCUCCAGCCCACCCGGGCCCUGCUCCCCUCCAGCACCGACCCCGGGGUCCCCACGGAGCGGGACGGGCCCGAGCCCCGAGCCAACCUCAGCACCGUGUCCGACCGGCGGCUGCAGAUGCACAACCCGCUGUACCCGGUCACCGAGGGCUCCUACAGCGCCUACGCCGUGGUGUUCCUGUCCCUCGUCGUGUUCACCGUGGGCAUCGUGGCCAACCUGGCCGUGAUGUGCAUCGUGUGGCACAACUACUACAUGAAGAGUGCCUGGAACUCCAUCCUGGCCAGCCUGGCUUUCUGGGACUUCCUCAUCCUCUUCUUCUGCCUGCCGGUGGUCAUCUUCAACGAGAUCACCAAGAAGAGGCUGCUGGGGGACGUGUCCUGUCGCAUCGUGCCCUUCAUGGAGGUCUCGUCGCUGGGGGUCACCACGUUCAGCCUGUGUGCCCUGGGCAUCGACAGGUUCCACGCAGCCACCAGCCCCCAGGCCAGCACGCGGCCCAUCGAGCAGUGCCAGUCCAUCAUCGCCAAGCUGGCCGUCAUCUGGGUGGGCUCCAUGACGCUCUCGGUGCCCGAGAUCCUGCUCUGGCAGCUGGCACGGGACACGUCGCCCGUGUCCGGCGUGAUGAGCGAGUUCUGCACCAUGAAACCUUCGUCCAACCUGCCUGAGUCCAUCUACUCGCUGGUGCUCACCUACCAGAACGCCCGCAUGUGGUGGUACUUCGGCUGCUACUUCUGCCUGCCCGUGCUCUUCACCGUCAGCUGCCAGCUGGUGACGCGGCGCGUGCGCGGCCCCGACAAGAAGAGCGAGAGCCGGGGCGCCAAGCAGGGCCAGGCCGAGGGCCACCUCAACUGCACCAUCAUCGCCCUGACCGUCAUCUAUGGGCUCUGCACCACCCCCGAGAACGUCUGCAACAUCGUGGUGGCCUACAUGUCCCCCGACGUGUCCAAGCAGACCUUGGACCUGCUCAACCUCAUCAACCAGUUCUUCCUGUUCUUCAAGUGCUCCGUGACGCCCGUGCUGCUCCUGUGUCUCUGCCGUCCCCUGGGCCAGGCCUUCAUGGACUGCUGCUGCUGCUGCUGCGAGGGCUGCGGCCCCGACGGCUCCUCCAGCGAGAGCAGCGCCGACAGCAAGCUCAAAACAGAGAUGUCCUCCUCCAUCUUCUUCGACAAGCCCCGGGAGACCCCCCCGCCCCUCCUGGCCUUGGGCACGCCAUGCUAAAGUGCCACCAGGGAGCCGUAGCGAUCGUUUCACCACCUCCUCCCAAGACCAAACCUUGUUCUGCCAUUAGUACUCGUGUCUGGACGUGGAACAAGAGAGAGACGGCUCAGGGGGCUGCGCCGUGGGCUUCAAAGCCAGCAUGGGGCAGGUGGGAUUGAAAUGCCAGUCCCCGUGGCUACCCUGGUGACCCUCUUGCCUCUGCCCAGAGGUCAGUGAGGACAGCAGCACCCUCCUGUCCCGGCUGCCUGGCCGGGCUCCCCAGGGCUCUGCUCUGGAGAUGGCGUCGUGCCGGAAAGGUCUCACCUGAAACUACAGAGGCUGACCAUGAUGGCUCCCAGAGGACACAGCAAACACAAACUGCCCUCCUCCUGUCCCCUCCCCUCCUGCCAGCCCCUCCACAAGAGGAAAAGGUCCAACUGGUCGUAUCCCACGGAUCCAAGCCGUGCCCUGUAUGAGCUCAAUAAACCAGUAACCUAGA